UGUGUGUAGGAGCCCUUUGUGAUGAGGUGACCUUACUGACCCCUGCUGGUCGGUCCUGACCUUGCGGCCUUGGGGCGGCGCGUUGGGUUUGCUCACCUGUGCCAGUGAGCAGGUGAGGGGAGACAAAGAGCCUCUGACAGAGUUUGGGGGGUUUUGGAAUCGAAUGUUGUUCGUGGACGCCAGCAUGCAUAUGGUUUUUCAAUUUUAGCUUGUUUAUUUGUUUGUUUGUUUGUUUAUUUGUAAGUUUAGUGACAGUCUAUGUUUAGUUGUUAUACGUUUAAGUUGUUUAUCCAAAGAUAAAGAAUGCGCAUAGCGGAUAAACAGAACCGCAUAUUGACCCUGAGGCGUCCGUGACUAUCGGAAGGCCCUGCAGUGUGUGUUGCAUGUGUUGUGCAUCUUUACGUAGUUCGUUGUGUACACGUGACCUCCAUGGUGUCCGUCCUCAUCCUGCUCCGUCUCACUGAGGUCUUCAUUUUGGGGACUCGGGACAGAGGACGGGGAGCAUGUGCACAGACGUCCUCUGAACUGUUAAUCACCUGUAAACAUUCACACAUCCGCCGCCGCUAAUGGGUCUUUAGGGAGAAACCACACACACACACACACACACACACACACACACACACUCUACCUGCCUCCUGGUCUCCAGGUGUGUGUUUUCAUCUUUCUGUGGUCUCUAAGGUGUCAGAUAUCAAAAGGACGCGCCCUGGCCUCGGGGGGGGCGGCGUCCUCCAGGAAGGAAGUCUGACUGAUGCGGUCGAGCUUCAAACACACUCUCAAAACUUCUGAGGCGACGGGACGGAUCAGUCAGGUGAGAUGGGUAUAAAAAUAAGCGCACCCGACCGAGGGACACCACACGGAGCGGAGACAGGGUGAGAGCACACUGGAACAUCUGGAGAACAUCUGGACCACAGAGCAGCAGAUCAACCAAUCAGAGAGCAGGAGCAGAGAGGAGGAGGGUCAUUCGGUGAUUGACAGCUGAUAAGCGACAGAUCCGUUGAUCGGAGGAUGUUGAUGUGGAGGAGCUUCCUGUGUGUGUCUCUGGUCUGCGGUCUGACCCUGGACCAGAACUCCAUCAGGUCCUCCAAGGAGACCACGCAGCUCCUGGACCGUUUCCAUGGUGACCAGGUGGAGCGUCCCGUGCGGCGGCGGACAGAAACCACCUUCAAUCCCAACAGAAGACAGACAGCUCGGUGCUCGACUGAGGACUGCUACGGAGCGCCGGUGGGAGGCUGCAGUAACAGAGCUCAGAGGAGACCGUCCCCACAGGACAGACCGGUGGACAGAGAGACGGACAGACAGAUCCACACAGACGGCUUCAACAGAACCAAAGCUGUGGAGAUGGCGGUCUGCGUGCGUUCCGGGGACUGCGCCGCCGGGCUGUGCUGCGUCCGGUACCUCACCGGGCGGCGGUGCCAGCGGAUCCCGGUGGAGGGCGAGGCCUGUUUGCUCAAAGGCUCGGGCAAACUGAGGAGGAAGCUGGGCCGCUGCGACUGCGGCCCGGGUUUGUCCUGCGGCGCCGCAAGCCGGGCGGAGUCGGGCCGGGCGAAGGGGCAGGGCGUGUGUAAGCCCCGCCCCCCUGGGCAGGGCCACAGGAACACAAGGCAUUCUGGGAAGAAAAGGAGGACGGCCUGUUGACACUUCAUGAACUCUGUUAAUUUAAGUAUAAUUAUUCCCACGAGUUCAGACGGUAGAACAGUGGUUCUCAAACCGCCGCCUCAUCGCCGCCCGACGGAGACGGAACCAAACGGCCCGUGCUGAGUUUUUAUUGAAAUAAGGCAUUGUGUGACUGUGUGAGUCUGUGUGUGAGUCUGUGAGUCUGUGUGAGUCCUGUGGGUGACUGUGUGAG